CUACGUUUUUGACGAAAAAAUCAAAACAAUCUGGAAAACUUUCGAGAAAAAUGCUUUUUCAGUAUUAAAUAACAGAAAAACUAAUCAAUAACGCAAAAUAAUUGAAAAUUCACAAUGAGUUCUUUACGAAGAGAGGUCCUUCAAAGCUUCAAGAAUCUGCAUAGAGCUAGAUUGGAGAUUUUCGAAGGAGACACAAAGGCAUUGACACUUGCUAGACAGAAGAUAAAUGAUGAGUACAGAAAGAAUAAAGGCACGGAUUCAGAAGAGGAAAUCAGAAAGAAAGUAGCUCUGGCGAAUGAUGCAGCAAAGGAAUUAAGAACGAAUGUUAUUCAAGCAGUGCAAAAAGAGCCUGGAGUCUUUGAGGCGAAAAUUCGUGAAUCAACACUCCGCUUGGAUAACUACCCGUUUGAUCCGAAUGCCAAAAUACCCGAGUUCCCACGAAAGAAUAAGUGUAAGAAAUAAGGAUAUCUAAGGAGCACAAAGACAAGUCAUGCAAGCAAUAUAGCAAUUUUAAUUAAGGAAAUAUAGCAAAAAUUAAAUUCUUGUUAGAAGAAAGUUUUAUCGAUUUCUGGUUUAUUUGUCAAAUCAGAUGUUAUGUAAUGAAGGCUAAUUAGAACAAGGACAAGAAAUAUUAUAACUUACGUAUUUUAGAAGUGAUUCCGUUAAAUAA